AUGCCACUUCAGUAUGCAGUGAUACACUCACAAUACAUGUAUGAGUACGGUGCGGAGAAAGUCUCACCAUAUGCUCCUUGCAUACACCGGCCAGUUGACCGGACUUUCUGUCUUCCGGGAUAUUGCUCCCCUACGGCAUGUUCUUUACCAUCGAAGGUCACUGAAUCUUCUCGAGCAUCCGCAAAAUUCGUCGAGGAUAUGGAAGGCCAAAGCGGAAGAUUACCUCAAUACAGGUAUGAAGCUGAACCAGGAAGCCUGCGCCGCGAAAGCUAUCAUUCAUUUGGCGACGAGGGCCUCACUGCGACUGUCGGUUCAUCUGGUCGCUUAUUAGAGAUGUCGCAAUAUGUACCAGAACAGCCUAGAGGCUUUCGCGUGGAUGAAAAUGGCAUGGAGGAGCCCUGCUGGGUGGUCUCACGCCUCAGCCAGCUUCUAUCGAGGGCCAGCAACCCCCGUUUCACUGGAGGCAUUGGCCCCAGAAUCGACGCCGGGACGCCAUUGCAAGAACCCCGCUUAGUGAACGCUGUUACCGAGCGAUCUACCGCCAAAACACCUCCUCGCCUCACAAUCGCGGGUGAUCUGUUGAUCAGAGAUCUAGACUAUGAUGAGGAGGAAAGCAAUGACAGAAAUUUCAGCAGCCAAUUUGAUUCUGGGUACGAACAGCCACGGCUUAUUCAUGGCUGUAUUGUACAAAGUCGUCAGAUGAGCGAUGGAAAGAGUUACGAGGCAUCAGAAAUAGUCCGUAAAGGUGGCAGGCUUACAGUCACCAUUGCAUACAGACUAGGGUUGAUUAUGGACAAGCAAGAUCGCCAACCUUCAUCACCGUCCGAUCUUUCGAUGCUGUCCACCGAAGCUUACUCUGAAGCAAUGAGUUUGUUUGAAAUCCAGUUCGAAGAACAAACUUUCACCGCCGACGCCGAUGUCAAUUUUCGUCUGAGAAGGAACUUGGAACACGUACUGUCUGUAUGCAGUGUUCCUGUCUCUUCAGCAGAUGAACUGAACACAUGUGCUAUCGCUCUUACAUGUGGCGAUGUUGACAACCAUCGCAUUACAGCAUCAGCCAGCUUACAUUUCCAAUCGCAUCACGAAACGAAUCCGGCCUGCGUAUGCGAGAAGAAGGUUGCCUCAAAAUUGGAAGGAACUUACACGUGUAUCAUGAUUAGAGGCAUUGAACGCGUGUGUAAGGGUCACAUCAAAUGGGUCUUCGAGUGUGCUAAGAAGACCGGAAAGCCCUUUGGUAGUAAUUACUGGUUGAAUGGCGACAGACGCUCUACGAGAUACCGGGUAAAUGGCCGCGACACACUUCGAAGAAGCCUUGCCGAUACACCUUUCCAAAUCAUCAAGCCGAGGGACUUUUACAUGGCAUAUGGAGAAACCUCACUAGGGAAGCUACUGAAAGCCAUCCGGGAGCUACCAUAG